CGGGAUAGACUUGCUGCUAAGCGCCGGGCCGGAGCUGCUGUCCAUCGCGCUCCACAAAAGGGAACAGCUCUUUCAUUCCAGCAGUAACUAGCUUUGUUAAAGAUAUCGUAACAGAAUGGCAAUCGAAGUCGCUGACUCGCAGUACCUUCUCAUACUGGCACCAUCACUGGUUAUCGCUCUCAUGUUCCUCUUCUUCUGGCUAUUCAUGAAAGAGACUUCCUAUGAUGAAGUUCUGGCCCGCCAGAAACGAGACCUGAAGCUGCCACCUGUUAAGACAGAUGCCCGCAAAAAAAGUGAGAAAAAGAAGAACAAGAAGAAAGAGAGCAGUGGAAGCGGAGGAGGUGGAGGCGGCGAAUCAGAGGAAGACCUGCGAGAUUUUGAUACGUCCGAUGCCACUACUCCGGCCUCAAAUGACGAAGAGUCUGAGGUGGUGCCUGUGGCCGUGCAUGUUGCCACACCUGUCCAGUCAGAGCCUCCAGCUGUGGUGAGGGAAAGGAAGAAAAAGGAGAAGAAGGCGAAAGCUGCCACUGCAGCUGCUGCUGCCACUUCUCCUCCUGUCACCUCCGAGGAGCCAGAGGUCAACGGCUCAAAGCCUGCUACUGUCCGUAAGGAGCAGUCACUCCCCCUCACCAAGCAGCCCAGCCCACCCCAGCCACAAAGCACACCCCCAGUCUCAACAGAGACUACAAGCAAAAAGAAAGCCAAGAAGCAGAAGAUUGAAGCUGAAGAGCAUCCAGCUGAGGUGAAGCCUGAUCAGUCUCCUGUUGUUGCGAAGAAGGAGGAACCUAUUCUGGCAGAGUUUAAACUGCAGGAUGGAGCUGCUCCUGCUACCCCUCUGCCUGCACCUUCUGGCUCCACUGGCAGCGGCAGGAGAAAGAGCAAAAAGCAGAAGACAGAGGCUGCCAUCACUGUUGAUGAGGCUCAGGUCCAGUCCUCUCCUCCUGUGAGCCAGACUGACUCCUCCACAACAAACCACCAGAGCAGCCAGAAUGAUGAGGCUCCGGCCCAGGCUCCCAUUCCCACAAAACAUGGCAAGAAUGGCAAGAAGCAGAAAAACGAGACUGACAAAGAGAAUUCAGGGGUGAAGCUGAAGGAGUUGAUGGCUAGUCUGGGUGGGCUGGUGUUAUCUGACGCUGAUGUGGUCUCUGUGGUUUCUCUGCUCCGGGACAAGAGCCCGAAUGCCCUGGACAGCUGGUAUAAGUCUGCAGCUAAAUUUGAAGCCUCAGCUCAGCAGCUGGCAGAGAAAGAGCGCCUACUCAACACUCUGCAGGAAGAAGCCUCCAUCGCCAAGGACAAAGUCAAACAGCUCAGCCAGGAGUUGCAGGCAGAGAAGCAGAAGAGCGGCCGUGCGGAGGCUGUCCUGCGGGAGCAGCGGGUUGCCAUGGAGAAAGAGAUGAGUGUCAUGCAAGCCAAAGCCCAGGGCAGCUUCCAGGAGCUUCAGGCCAUGCAGAUCAAGUUCCAGAAGCUAAGGGAACAGUUGGAGGGGCAGAUUGCCAGACUGCAGCAAGAGAACGGCAUCCUCAGAGACGCUGUGAGCUCUGCCACCAACCAGAUGGAGACAAAGCAGUCAGCUGAAAUGAACAAACUGCGCUCUGAGUAUUCAAGCCUGAUGAAGGAGCUGACUGAGACCAAUACCAAACUACAGCAGGAGGAGCUUCAGAGGAAGAGCCUGGAAGUUAACUACAAGCAGAAUGUGUCCCAGCUCGAGGCACAAUUACAGGAUGCUAAGCGACGCUGGGAAGACCUACAGAGCUAUUUGCACAGUGUUAAUACUGAAAGGGAGAAACUGCAGGCUGCUAAACAAGAGCUGCAGAAUCAGUUGCUGGCGGUAGAGACAGAGAUGAGUAAUAAGAAUAAAGAGAUCCAGACUCUCCACAGCAGUCUCACAGACACCAUGGUGUCCAAAGAACAGGUGGAGCAGAAGGUCAUGCAGCUUCUGGAAGUUUCUCAGCACAGCCUGCAGCCUGAUGACUCACUGCAGGCCCAAGUGCAGGACCUUAUGAAAGAGAACAAAGCACUCCAAGGUCAAAUUGAGAGUCUUCAGGCUCAGGUCACUUCUCAGGCAAACACAGUAUCCCAUUUUGAGGAGCUUCAAAAACUGCUGGCUGAGAAGGAGCUCCAGAGGAAGAGUCUGGAGGACUCACUUAAUGCAGAGAGGAGCAGUGGUGCCAGCAGAGAGACCAACAUGCAGGCCAUUCACAAUGAGAACAUAGCCCUGAAGGCUGAGCUCCAGAAUCUGCAGGCACAGAUUUCUGAGCAGGCGUCCUCCCAGUUGACAGUGGACCAGCUCAAGCAGAGCCUUCAAGAGAAGGAGGAGAAGAUUAAGACAGUGGAGGUGCUGCUUGAGGCCGGGCUUAUUGAAGUAGCCAAUAAGGAAGGGCAUCUUAAGACAAUAAGGGAAGAGAAUGAGUCUCUGAAGCGACAUGUUGAGGCUUUGCAGCAGCAGACAGCGGAGCAGAAGCAGUCAGACACAACGCUAGAGCAGCUGCAGAGGCAGGUCCAGGAGAAAAAUGAAAAGAUCAGAUCUGUUGAAGAGGAGUUGGAGUCGGCAUUGGGGACAGAUUUGCACAGAGUGAAAGCUAUUGAGGAUCUGGAGAGACAGGUGGAGGCUCUAGCAGCUGAAUUGGCUGAGGUGAAGAGCAGGGAAAGCCAGAUGAACUCGAAUGCCAGUGCUCAGCUUCUGGAGCUCCAGACUGUAUUAGCUUCUAAAGAUCAGGAACUCCAGAGAUUACAGAGGGAGAUGGAGGAGAGGGUCAGAGAAGCAGAAGAGAAGAUUGCGCAACAGCAACAGCAGAUGGCAUCAGCAGUUUCCAGUCAGGCGUUGUUAGCGACGAUUGAAAAGAAAGACAAGCAGCUGUCUGAUGUUAGUACAGAGCUGCUUGAGCUGAGGCAGUCGGUGGAGCUUCACAGGAGGAAGAAUAAUGAGCUUCGGGAGAAAAACUGGAGCGCUAUGGAGGCGCUGUCAGCCACCGAGACCAUGCUUCAGGGAAAACUCAGCAAGACUGUCAAGGAGAGUCAAAUGGCGCUGGAGUCUGCUGAGGCUGAAUGUCGAGCAGUUCUGCACAGACUUCUCCCACAUGUGCCCCUGCCCACUGAGCAGAACCAUAAGAAGUGGUUGCAGAACUUUGAGAGCUGCAUGAGGGAGGCCUCAGCUGGAGAGUCUGCUGUUGUCAUAGACACAACCUCAGGAGCCACCACAGAGGAUGGUGAUGCCAAGGGUUUGGCAGAAAAGCUGAAGGAUGCAGAGGAGACCCAGAAAGUUCUACAGAAAGACUGUGAAAUGUACAAGAAAGUUCUGGCGGAGACGGAGGGCAUUCUGCAGCGGCUCCAGAGCAGUGUGGAGCAGGAGGAGUGCCGCUGGAAGGAGAAGCUGGAAGAGGCUCAGACUGAGCUCAAAGAGAUGACCUUGAAAGUGACUAUGCUGGAACAGGAAGUGGACAGACUGAGCACAGAUGGCGAACUGGAGAGUCUGAGAAGAGAUAAAGAGCAUCUAGAGUCUGAACUGGAGAGAGCAGAGCGUGAGAGCGCCACCUAUGUGUCGGAGGUUCGGGAGCUCAAAGAUCUGUUGACCGAGUUACAAAGCAAACUUGAUGGCUCAUAUACAGAGGCUGUCAGGCAGAAUGAGGAGCUGAAUUUGCUGAAGACACAGCUGACUCAGACCUUGGGGAAGCUGGAGACUGAGGAGAGUGAACGGCAGAAAGUGGCUGCAGAUCUCUACAAGGCCCAGCAGUCUCUGGAGCUAAUUCAAGAGGAAAUCUUAAAGGAGGUGGGCCAAGCUGACUUGAUCCAGAACAGUAGCCUUACCACACAAACGGAGGAGGUGGACCGCAAGGAGAAGAUGACUGCAGGGCUGAACCAGACAGUACGAGAACUACAGGAAUUACUACAGGCUGUAAAUAGACAGCUCACCAAGAGGCAAGAGAGGGAUGAAUAACUGAAAUAAAAUGAAAGUGGUGUCAGUUUGUCUUCUGUAAUGGCCAGUCCCAACCUACACACUGCAGAUAAACCCUGUCAAACUCUGGCCCCUUCCGCUUCCCUUCACACCAAAUCUGAUGUGUGCUCUCCAAACCCACAGCACCAACCCUGCAACCUGCUAUGUAAGCAGGAGACCAUCUCCCCCUCUUUUCAAGACCAAGCCCUGCUAGGGAGCGAAUGGGGAGGGGCUGAAACCUGACAGCAUACACUCCAAGACCUAAUCAAACCGGAUCCUUUUUCAUGACUGUGUCGACUCCUCUGCAAUGGCAUUCCUCAUUUUCAGUAGAGUUACAAGAGCAAAGGCAUCCGAAUAGACACAACGGUUAGACUUGUGUGCGUUUUGAUUAAUUUUUACCCCUUUUCAGUCAAAACACUUUGAAUACUACUAUUUUUUUGUUAGUUCUGUUUGACAGGAGGGGUUUUUAUCCUUUCAUAAACAUGACAUUUGAGGAUUAUUUGUGUUUUAAAGACUAUGAGAUAACUGUUAGGAUCUACUGACACUCACUUUGUUGUUUUCAGCUCAUGUCCUGCAGUCUCAAAAACUCACACUUAUGUACAUUACAUAUGCAGAUGAACAUACACGCAUACGAACAAAUACACUCCUUUACACACUUGAGUUUUCUGAAUGUUAUGGUAUUUGUUUUUCCUGAGUACCCAUUUUUAAGUAAGAGUUAUGUUAAUGACUAAGGCAGGCGGGUUGAGUCUGAUCUGUGCUACUUUUUAACGCCAGUGCACACUGCUGGCAUUGGACGUCAGUUGCACUGAACAGCGGUUUCUUCUACUGUAACUACUUCUCAAAGAAAGAGGGUUAAAAAGAGAGGCAUCUCGAAAUCUAAUCAAUAUGCUCUAUACUGUUGCUAAUUUCAUUAACAAAGAAUAUUUCAUUUUUUGUAAAAACAGGUGAACCGUUAUUAAAAGGGGUGCUUGAUAAAUA